UCAUUGAAUAGUAAUUCAAAUAUAUGGACAAUCGCUGCUGGUACAGGUUGUGCUGGAUCAACAUCAAAUACGCUUCAUGAUCCUCGCGGAAUCUUUGUUGAUACAGAUCUUAAUUUGUACGUUGCUGAAUGUACUAACAAUAGGGUGCAAAAAUUCCUAUCAGGACAAGUAAAUGGAAUAACGCUAGCAGGAACUGGAGCAACUGGAACUAUUAGUCUCAAUUGUCCUACUGGAAUUGCUCUGGAUGCUGAUAACUACGUAUUCAUUGCGGAUUAUUUUAAUAAUCGUAUUGUUGGAUCAGGACCAAACGGGUUUCGUUGUGUAUUAGGAUGUACAAAUGUUGCUGGUUCAGCAUCUAAUCAAAUAUAUUAUCCAUCCAGUUUAAGUUUCGAUAGUUACGGUAAUAUGUUUGUUGCUGAUAGAUACAACAAUCGAAUACAAAAGUUCAUUGUAAUUAAUACUACUUCCGCAUUUCCUAAUUCAAUCCAAAGAGAUUUUCAUCUUAUUUUAGAUUUGACUGCUAAUCAACCAAAUUUGUGUCCAUCUACAACAUGGUAUACUAAUGCUAUUACUGUUGCUAAUAUCACCACCGUUGGUUAUCAACCUUUAGGUCUUUUUAUCAGUACUAGCAAUACUCUCUACGUAGCGGAUAUACAAAACAGUCGCGUUCAAAUGUGGCGAGAAGGAAGUGUGAAUCCUGAUAAAACUAUUUCUGGUGGUUUGAAUCAACCGUUCAGUGUUUUCGCUAUAGCUUCGGGCGAUAUAUAUGUCGACAAUGGGGCCAGUAAUGGUCGAAUCGAUAAAUGGUCCGUAAAUGCAAAUAGUAGUGUUCCUUUUAUGACAAUUCCCAACUACUGUAUUAGUAUUUUUAUUGACAUUGAAAAUACUCUGUAUUGUUCAGUGCCUAGUAAUAAUCAAGUUGUUAAGAAAUGGUUAUAUGAUAACAUGACUACAUCAACUAUUGUUGCUGGUACGGGCACUGCGGGAUCGGCUGCAAAUAUGCUUAAUUUACCUUAUGGAGUCUUUGUUGAUGUUGAUAUUAAUUUAUAUGUUGCAGAUUGCUCCAAUAACAGGGUGCAGCUUUUUCCUUUAGGGCAGACUAAUGGAAUAACUGUAGCUGGAAGCGGAGCAUCCUCAACUAUUACGCUUAGUUGUCCAAAUGGAAUUACAUUAGAUGCUAAUGGUUAUAUCUUCAUUGUGGAUCAGAACAGUUAUCGAAUUGUUGGAUCAGGACCAUAUGGUUUUCGAUGUUUAUUUGGAUGUACAAGUGUUGCCGGUUCAGCAUCUAGUCAAUUGUAUUAUCCACGAACUAUUAGCUUCGAUAGUUAUGGUAAUCUUUUAAUCGUUGAUGAAUAUAAUUCAAGAAUUCAAAAGUUCAUUGUAGCAUCAAAUUCAUGUAGUCUGUCUUAUAGUCAACCGACAUUUUGCUCAAAUGCAACAUGGUCUGUAAAUGCCGUAACUUUUGCAUCAAGUAGUACAAUUGGUACAUUACCUUAUGGUAUUUUUAUUGAUGGAAUUAAUACUGUAUAUAUACCUAAUCGAGUUAGUAAUACUAUUUUAUCAUGGCCUCAAUGGAGUACUUCAUCUACAAGUAAAAGUUAUAGUAAUUUGAGUAAUCCAUUUAGUCUUUUUAUGUCUAUUAAUGGUGAUACUUAUAUUGAUAAUGGUUAUUCAUAUGGUCGAGUCGAUAAAUAUACAUAUAAUACAUCAAUUCGCGUUACUGUUAUGAAUGUUAAUGGAAGUUGUUCUGGUUUAUUUAUUGAUAUUAAUAAUAAUCUCUAUUGUUCCCUCAAAAAUCGUCAUCAAGUUGUUAAACUCUUACUUAAUAAUGGUACAACCAUUCCGACAAUUGCAGCCGGAAAUGGUUCUGCUGGAUCACUAUCAAAUAUGCUUAAUUCUCCUCAAGGAAUCUAUGUCGAUAGUGAUUUAAAUCUAUAUAUUGCAGACUGUGCUAACAAUCGUAUUCAAUCCGUUCAAUCUGGUCAGUUAAAUGGAGUGACCAUUGCCGGUAAUGGAUCAUCAGGAAAUAUUGCACUCAAUUAUCCGACUGGAAUUGUCCUUGAUUCUAAUGGUUAUCUUUUUAUUGUCGAUAGUUAUAACCAUCGUAUUGUUGCUUCAAGUUAUUAUGGUUUUCGAUGUAUAGUAGGAUGUUCAGGAGGUGGUUCAACUGCGUCUCAAUUAUCUUUUCCACAAAGUAUGGCUUUUGAUAGCUAUGGAAAUAUAUAUGUCACGGAUCGAGAUAAUAGUCGAGUACAACAAUUCACUCUUCAAAACAACAGCUGCAGUAAGUUUGUUUGUGUAUAAUAGAACAUUAUGAAAUUGUAGUUGAUAAUUCAUUUUUUU